CAGCUGGAGGAGGAGGCUGUCAGCGGUCGGGCUGCCGAGGGCAGAGUCCAGCUGGGAUUCCCAGAUCUCACUCAUGGCCCCUGAGUUUCUCGGAUGGUACGUGUUCUCUGAAAGAUUCCCACCGGAAGCGCUCUAGCUUCCAUGGGAUGGGGAAGUCCAUGGCAGGUGCAAUGCCCGAGGUAUGAGGAGAAACUGUUGAUCUUGGAGGCUGAGCUACAGGACCGGUCCACCCGUAAGCAAGAAAUGUCCACUAACUGCGUGUGUGGCUCUGAGCAAAUCGGUUCCCUUCGAGUGCCUGUUUGGUGGUGGACUAGAUGACCUCUCGUCUAUCUGCAAUGGCUUAUGAAUUUGCGUGUGGUAUAUGUCUGAAGAAGACCGCAGAGAGAAGAAAGUACAGCGUUCCUCUUCCUAGAAAUCAGAAAAUCAGAACUGGAAGAAAUCCGAAAGACUGAGGUAACUAAGGUCCAAAGAAGUAGCAGAACGUAUCCAGUGCUGACGCUGUAACUGGAACCCAGGUCUCCCGACUGCACCAUUCAGAGCUCGUCACUAUAUCGCAAUUUGACUGGGCCUUCUUUUUCUCCUUGGGGCUUCUACCUUUGGUCGAUGAUCUGAAUCACCGACUUAGAAGCGCCUGGGAUCAAUGGACGUAAUGAGAGUGGAGAGGCCGAGGUCACUUUCGAAGGGCUUUGCACGAGUCUGGUGCACAGCACUGGUUAAUUAACCUAACUCCACACUCUGCCUUCCUCUGGUUUGGCUACCAUCAAUUCUCUUCCUUUUCCCUGUGAGAACUUGGAUUAGUUAUUUCCCUUCCCUUCUUCCCUCCCUUACCCUCCCACCACCCCACCCCCGCUGUUCCACUCCCUGCCCCCGAGCUUCAGAUUUCUGUAAAAUGCGACUAGGUAGUUUGUUCCCUUUCAGUUCUGAAUCUGAGUUCUUGAAGCAGCCAUGAGCUGGGAACCUACGACCAAGACACGGAGUGACUAGACGCUUCACCUGGCGGGAUCGUUGGGACCUUAGUUCGAAACUCAACUCGCUAGGGUCAGUCUGGACUUUGCCGGAGGGUCUCCCAGCUGCGGGUGGAAGAGGAGGUGGCGCAAGGGCAAGUCCCAGCUCCCGGGCGAGUUCCAAGGGGGCGGGGCGAGGAGCGCUGGACGUUCGAAGGGGGCGGAGUCCGGCUGUCUGUGUUUGUUGCGCCGUGUCAGUUACAUUGUAACAAAAGUGCCGCCGCCACCACAGCCACAGACCCGCACCUCAGGCCCCAGGUUCGGCUCCCCGCCCGCCCGCAGGCAGCUGUGGUCGCGAUGGAGCAGGGUGCCAGUAGCAUCCAGGUUUUACUGCAAGCAGCUGAGUACCUGGAUCGGAGGGAACGAGAGGCGGAGCACGGCUAUGCUUCCUUGUGUCCUACUCACAACUUGGGCCCAGUAAACCGCGGAAGAAGGAGACCCAAGGCCCCUAGAGACAGUUUAAGGAGGGCCCAACUGAGGCGCUGUUUGGAGCAGCUGAAACAACAGAUGCCCCUAAGCACAGACUGUGCCCGAUACACCACCCUGAGCCUGCUGCGUCGGGCUCGUCUCCACAUCCAGAAGCUGGAAGAACAGGAGCAGCGCGCACGAAGGCUCAAGGACAGGCUCCGAAGUGAACAGCGAAGCCUGCGCGAACGGCUAGAACAGCUCCGAGGACCAGCUGGGGAGCGGGAGCGUCUUCGAGUAGAUAGCCUGGACUCCUCUGGCCUCUCUUCAGAGCGCUCUGAUACUGAUCAAGAGGAGCUGGAGGUAGAUGUGGAGAGCCUGGUGUUUGGGGGUGGUGCUGAGCUGCUUCGAGGCUUCAGCACAGGCCAGGAGCACAGCUACUCUCAUAGUGGUAGUGCUUGGCUAUGAUCCCUGCUGCCCACAGCAGGCACAUAGCUCUCCCACUCUCCUGGCUGCACCAAGCUGCCCAGCCUGCCAGAGAAGCUGCCACAGACCUGAUGAUGGUUGACUAAAGUGGGUUCCAGCUUGCAUCCCUCAUGAUACUGGCCAUUCCUGCAAAGCAGAAAAUUAUUGGACUGCAGAGGCUGCUGCUGGCUCCUGGAGCCAUUUUAACUAGCCUCAGCUCCACCCCUUCUCUCUUAUGUGGGCAUGGACUGAAGCUUACUCCGUUUUGUGGGGGGAAACAGGAGUGAGCCAUGGCCCUAAUAUGGAACUAAACAAGCAAUGCAACCUCGUUCCCUGUCAGAGGUUAUGGAAGGCAACCAGAAGCCUCUGACGAGGGGCUGACAUGGAGGCAGUCUGUUGCUCCCUGCCUAGACCUUUUUUUUUUUUUUGGUACAUUUUUUACAGCAUUGAUUUUUGUUCCUUUCAGGGCUGGGAUGCAAAUCUUGUGCUAAGCUGGUUUGUGCCCAGCACCCAAGGGACCAGUAGCUUUAAAGUGGGACGGAGCUGUACUCAGACCCUGGCUCUAGUUCCACAGACACCACACAGUAUUUUCAGUAAAAACCUUUUUCUUAAUUCUG